AAGAGUUCACUUGAUGCCUCAGUUUUGCCAUCCCUGUCUACGCAGCUUCAACAGCCCUGUAGUUGAGAGUCCGGACAGGGGGCUUGAGGGAAAGGUGCAUGGGCGGAGUGCCGGCACCAGCACCCCGGCCGCGGUGCCAGGGAGCCUGUCACCGGCGACCCCGCCGAACCAGCGCAUCUGUCCUGUCAGGUAGCAUGGUACACGAGUUUCGUUGGCUAACGACAUCGUUGCAUAUGCCUGUUGCGGAAUAGCGAAGUAUCAACUGGGCGGCUUAGUGAAGCUCACUGCCGAAUAUUGGGGUUGGGUGCACGGGCUCAACCGGGAGGGCGUUGUGGUUUUACUGGUGGUGUUGUGGUCGUACUGCGGUCGGGUAGCAUGGAACCACGACCCUCGCCCUCGGCUAACCACAAGCUCCGCCGCCUGCAGCUUGCUACUCCAUUUUUUGACGCAUCAUUGC